AUGCCCCCCCUGCCGUCUGUCAACCCCACUGGCCCCCGCCCGGCCUCCUUCUCCACCACAGCGUUGACCAACGGAAACCACCAUUCUCCGCCAACAUUGAACGCAGUGCCAUCCCCACCUCAGCGCUAUAGCAACGGUCCAUCCUCUUCCUCUUCCUCGUCCCUGGCCAACCAGCAGCUGCCUGCCACCUGCGGGGCGCGCCAGCUGAGCAAACUCAAGCGCUUCCUGACCACGCUGCAGCAGUUUGGCAACGACAUAUCCCCCGAGAUCGGAGACAGUGUCCGCAACCUCGUGCUGGCCCUCGUGAAUUCAACUGUGACCAUUGAAGAGUUCCAUUCGAGACUCCAGGAAGCCACAAACUUCCCAUUAAGGCCUUUUGUUAUCCCUUUUCUCAAGGCCAAUCUCCCGCUGCUGCAGAGAGAGCUCCUCCACUGUGCGCGGGCAGCCAAGCAGACCCCAGCCCAGUACUUGUCCCAGCAUGAGCAUAUCCUCCUCAGCACCACCCUGGCCUCGUCUCCAGACUCCUCGGAGCUGCUCAUGGAGCCCCCGGAGCCGGCCCCCAAGAGACCCAGCCCUACGCGAGUCAAAGAAAACGGUUUCCACGACCGUCCGCCCCCUUCCUCGCUGGAGCCCGCCGCCAAGCGCAUCUGCACCAUCAGCCCGGCUCCCCGCCAUAGCCCCGCCCACCCGCCACUGCCUCUCAGCUCGCAGCUCCACCCCACGCCCCCGCCGCUGCAGCACUACGCCCUAGACGACAUCGCGGCGCCGCACAUCCUCCACCGCGAGCACAGCCAACGGAUGCUGGAGAUCCGUGAACUCAAGGACCGGCCCAGACUGCCCGGCACUAACGGAGCCUACCGCGAGGAGCCAGUGGACCACCGGCUUACAGACCGCGAGUGGGCCGACGAGUGGAGACAUCUGGAUCAUGUGUUGAAUUGUAUUGUGGACAUGGUGGAGAAGACGCGGAGGUCGGUGGCGGUUCUUCGACGCUGUCAGGAGUCGGACCGAGAGGAGCUGAACUACUGGAGGCGGAGGUCCAGUGAGCAGGAAGACCCCCGGAAAGGAGGCUCAGGAUCGGCACCUUUCUCCAAAGCUCACAGUCCACACACAGACUCCGACUCACCGCGUGACUUGCUCGCCCCACGUCAAGGCUCAGCGUACGUCACGGAUGAGAUAUGGAGGAAAGCUGAGGAGGCCGUCAACGAGGUGAAGCGCCAGGCCAUGGACGAGGUGCAGAAAGCGGUAGCCGAGGCCGAACAGAAAGCCUUCGAGAUGAUCGCAACCGAGCGGGCAAAAAUGGAGAAGACUCUGGUGGAAGCCAAGAGGAAAGCCCAGGAAGACGCCAUCCUGGUCAUCAACGAGCAGGAGGACUCCAGCGAGUGCUGCUGGAACUGCGGCCGGAAAGCCAGCGAGACGUGCAGCGGUUGCAACGCCGCCCGAUACUGCGGCUCCUUCUGCCAGCACAAGGACUGGGAGCGCCACCACCUCAUCUGCAGCCCGGGCCUCCAAGCUCAGCCCAAACCCACCACCACCUCCUCCUCGGCCCCGCUAAGCACCUCCGCGGUCAAGACUCUCACCAGCCUCCCCGCCACCUCCAGCCCGGCCGCGGACAAACCCAGCUCCAGGUCUUCCACGCCCUCCACCCCGAAACACGAAACGAACGGACACUAA